AUUGUAACCGCACAAUGAAAAGAAAAAUAAACAAACUUGUCUGGAAUUUUUGGCGGCUUUCGAUUCGAACACAUUUUGAUUCUUACUCGUUAAUGAGAAGAUUUAAAAUGACUCUACAUAUAGUUGCUGCUGCAUGCGAAAAUAACGGCAUUGGAAGCAAUGGACAAUUACCUUGGCGUUUGAAGAAAGAAAUGGCUUUCUUCAAAGAAUUGACCUCUUCAGUCCUAACUCCAGAGAAGAAAAAUGCUGUUAUAAUGGGCCGCAAGACAUGGUUUUCAAUUCCUGAGAAAAUGAGGCCUUUAGCUAACAGGAUUAAUAUUGUCCUUACAACAACUCAGUUAGAUCUGAAAGGACCUGAUUAUGUGACAGAUUCUUUUGAUAAAGCAAUGGAUUGGUUGAACACUUCAGCGGUAAAAGAAAAACUUGAGAAAGUAUUUGUGAUUGGCGGAGAAGCUGUGUAUAAGGUUGCCAUGGAUUCUGAUCACCAUCAAAUCAUAUACCUCACAAGAAUUCAUGAAAAGUUUCAUUGUGAUACCUACUUCCCAAAAAUGGAUGACAGUUUUCAAUUGACUGAGGAAUUUGAACCAGAUUUUUUUUCAAAUCAUGAUCACCUCAAUUAUUUUAAAAAUGUACAAGAAGAAAAUGGCAUCAAAUACAAGCAUGAAGUUUACAUAAAAAAGGACAAAAAAUAAAGUGAAUACUCGAACUGUUAUAAUUAAGAAAUUAUCUCUUUACAUGAAACAAAUUUUAUGUUAUUACUGACAUUAUGCCACCAAUAUCAUGCUAGUAAUUGACAUUAGCUGUCUUAUUUUUUUAGAAAUGGUAAAUAUGUAUGUAUGAGCAUUGAUAUACGAUUUGUAUUGAUUUAUGCUUCCAAAAAUUAAUCAUUUAUUUAUUUCCUAAAUAUAUAUCACUGAAGCACACAUUUUUAUAUUUUUUUAUAAAAUGGAAAGAGGGGAAGUUUAUUUUAGAAUUUGUUGUCUGUUUGAAAUUACAAGUAAAUUAUGCCUUCAUGUAAGUUUUUUUAUACCUGCUAUAUUUGCUUGUCUGAUUAAAUUAGGCAUAAUAAAUCUGUAUGUACGUUAAUGUGGCAAUUUUUCAACCUAAGAAUUAGGCAUGUUUUUUUUUAAUUGUUAUUAGUCAAAAGUUGAAGUCUGCUUAUUUUUAUGUGUAACGAAGUGAUGUUGCAUUUAUUGAAUUUUUCCUAUGAGAAAUAAAUAAGGCUGUUUUUUGAGAGCUCUAAUUUUUUAUUGUUCAAAAACUCACUCCACUGCUGCAAUAUCUGGCCUCAUAAAAACUUGCAAAAAAUUUGAAUAAGGCAUUAAUUUUAAUCUAGAUAGAAAAAUUUUGUUAAAUUGGCAAUUUUUGAAUAAGUUUAGCUUUUAAAAUGUUUAAGUUAUUUUUCUGUUCUAAGUCCCUGAUAAUUCUUUGCGAGAAGAUGGUAUAGUUUUAAAUUAUUGCUUUCCUCAAUUUUUCUAUGCGAAAGAGCUUCAAAAAUCUAUGUUAACUCAGUACUUUUCAGUUAGCCAGGCGCAAGGAAAUUCAAUUAUUUAUUUAUUUUAAUUUUAUUUUGUGUUUAAAAAAUAAAUUAAACUAUUUUAAGAAAAGUUGGCAGAGAUCCACAUUUUUUGGCAACAUUUCGCUUGCUUACAGCUAACUAAAAAGGGUCCUCUUUUCUUUGUGCUGCCGCACUUGAAUAAUUGAACUUGACUGUUUUAUUUUCUGGAGAAAAAAAAAUCAAUGCUGAUUUGUUUAGGUUGUUACCGUCUUUUAUCUUGAAGGAAAAAUUCAUUCAUUCAAAAUUAUAUUCAGAACUGAUAUUAUAUUAAAAUUCUAAAUACUUGUUGCUUUACUGUGUUUAUAUUGUGUAUUGACAUUAAUGUUAAAAGUUUUUCACUUAAAGUUUAACCAUAUUUGAGUUUAAUUAUUUUAUAAUCUAAAAUAAUGUAAUUUAAAAGUAAAUUUUAUAUGUUUUAUUCGCUUAAAAUUGAAUUAUGCAUGUUGUCGAAAUCAUAUGUGUGCUUUUAUCUGGAAAUAAAAAUAAUAAUGUAUAUAUGUAUUUACAAGCUGAUUCAAUUAGUGAUAUUUUAACUGUUAAGAUUAUUCAAUAUAUUACAUCACACGAAUCAAAAUACAACUGUGUCAUUUGAACAUUAAAAAAAAUGUUUGUAAGUAAGUUUGAUAAAAUAAAAUUUUUCCAUUUUUU